AGUAUCCGGCUUUUCGCGCAUGCGCUUUCACCAUAUUAUUUGGGGCGAGGCCGAAAGUGAUUGAAAGUUAAAAUUUACCAAGUUUUCUGAAGCCAAAACGCUGCAGAAAUGAGUGACGACGGCACAGAUGUUGCCAACGGGACACAGGCGCCUGAUGAAACGAGCGAUAUUCCAAAAUACGAUCUGUAUAUUCGGGCAUCACUGAUUGACAACGAAACACAAGGGGCGUGUCCUAUGAGUCAGCAAGGAUUUAUGCUUUCUUACAUCCUUGCUCAGGAGAAAAAUGUUGACUUUAAAGUGUGGACUGUGAGUCAAGUGAACCCACCAGCAGACUUUAAAGACAAAAACAGGGCUAAAAUUUACCCGUUUGUUGAGGGGAUUAGUGGUAAAGACAUUAAUGGACAGUCAAUCGCUGGUGUUAUGCCCGAGUCUGCUGACAAGGUGGAAGACUUCUUUGAUUCAGUGAAUUUCGACUGUCCACAUUUGAAAAGGCCAAAGAACUUGAAAGAUCACAUAUUGGGGAAAAUAGAUGGCAUUUCCACGCAAUUCAACGCGUUCAUGAAGGGUUUGAAGUCCGAGGGGGUGUUGACUAAUAUCCUGCAGUCUGUAGAGGACCACCUGGCCACCAAUGACAGCACGUUCCUGGAGGGAGACAUGCUCUCCUACACUGACUGCUUCCUCCUUCCUCGUCUGCAGCACAUCAUCGUGGCAGGCAAGUAUUUUCGAGGUUACGAGAUACCGAAGACGUACCGUAACUUAUGGCGGUACCUAAAGGACGCCUACAACUCCCCUGCCUUCUCUGAGACACUGCCUACAGACGCAGAUCUCUGCAAGUUCCACUGGACUCGAUUUCCUGACGCAAACUUGAAUGAGUUCAGGAAAAUGGGAAUUAAAGGUGUGUUUGGUGUGGAGACAACCAACAAGAAAACAAACUCAAUUCCCGACGAUGUUGCUGCCACCCUGAAAGAUACCAGUGCCAACGGAGACGACGACGAUGUUGUUGAUGACAUGGACGACUAGUCUUUGUCACCAUGGUUAAAGGCCGUUGCGGGCAGGCUGAUGGAGCCCUUCUUGCAUUGAACUGCAGGCAUUGCAUACACAAGAAAACUUGCGGUUUCUUUAUACAAAAGCAAAGUUUUAUUUUUCGCUACACAAUAGUAUGUUUUAAGAAAUGUUUAAAGAUAAUUUGUUAUUGAAGAUGACUGCACUGUUUGUACAUCCAGAAUUUGCUAAUUGUAACAGCUGUACAUUUUGCUUCUAACACAGAAGUGUAUACAUAGAAACUUGUGUUGUUUUUUUUGUAAUUAGGCCGGGAUUUAUGUAUCUAACCGUGCGUCUACACAGUGUGAUCAUAAGGAUUCAUUAAUUGUACGAAUUGAAGAACCGUGUAUGCAUAUUACAUGUACUUGACAAAAAAGUAUUAACAAUUAGAAUUAAAUAUGAAGUAGCCUUAUUUAUAUGAAAAAAUCUUUUAAAGUCAUGUACAAAUACUGUGAUACUUUUAGUUGUUACGCCAUAUUCCAUGUUAUAUUUGUAUACCUAAUCUCUGUAACAGUAGUUAAGGUUUCAGACAGUUUUAAGACCCCGAGAAUUACAGAAAUAAACAUUGCAUAUUUUGAAAAAGUUGUCAGGAGUGUUUCUUUCCCAUAAGUCUUACAUAUCAUUGUAUCAUUGAAAAUGAAUGUAAUUGUUUUGUGUUGCCUUAAAAUCUGAUUACAUGUUUGUGUACACCAGUAAGGUUGUGUUUAGUUACAAACUAGGCUAGGUAGCGUUGUAGGAUGAACAAAUUAACAUCUGGUGCUCUUCUUAGCUUAGAGAGUCAGUGUUUCAGUUCUUAAAUGCUUUCAAACAUAAACAGAAGACACACAUUAUCCAUUCACCUUUUAUUGCACUUCAACUUUUGAAUGAUGUGAUUGCCUUACAUUUUACUACUAGUUAUUAAUAUUUAAACACAAGGUGUUAUUGUCUGUGUUCAAACUUCUUAAAUGCUACUUAAUGUAUGCUUUUUUCCCCCUGGCAUUUAAUUGUUGUCUUCAUAAAAAUAUGCAUAUAUGGUGAGACAAAUAAAUAAAACAAAGACUUUUGCCAUCCUAACCAUUUGAUCGAUUAAAUCCAGUUGAAGAAGGAAGAAAACAAUGUUUUAUAGUUGACUAUGUUUAUCAAUGUUUUAUAGUUGACUAUGUUUAUCAAUGUUUUAUAGUUGACUAUGUUUAUCAAUUGCAUAAUAAGAGUAAACUUGCUUAAUUUUGUUCAGUAAAAAAACACAGCUCCUUGUUAAAUUCAUUUAUUUACGUUUAUUUUUUUAUUGGGUCAAAAGCUGCUAUGUCAGCUUGUUGUUAAGUCUCACAAAAAGGGAUUUUUAGGGUUCAUUGUAAUUUUUCUUGUCUUCUUUAAUGCAAGUUAUUUGUGUAAUCAUGUUUAAACAGUUUUGUGUAUUAAUUAUAUAUGAUAUUACCCAUAGUUCAAUAGUACAAAAAAGGAAAGUUCUUGUUGAAAAGAAUAUUUUUUUAAUUUUUGAUCAAGAGUUAUUGUUCAUAGACAGAUGUUAGAUAUUUGCUGUUGUUUUAGUUGUAUACAUUUCCUUGCCAAUCAUUUCAGAGGUUGGACCAGGGGGUGGAGAAUAUACACUAGGGUUUCCCUGCCCCCUGGCGACCCUUGUUGUAUUUUUUUGUUGUACCUGUAAUAAUGUGCCUUGCUUCCUUUACUACUAUCAUCUUGCUUAGGCUAUCUAUUUAAAAUGACGUCUAUUAUCACACGCUGACCCAAUCAACCGUGACCCACAUUCACAACCAAUUCUAACAGGUCAGAUGUUCACGUGAAUAAUAUUCAAGUCCUUGCUCUAAUAACUCUUAAACAUGAACUACCAAAAAUACAACUUCUGACUACAGCAUCAACCUCUAUAAGACUUAUUUCUUAAGUCUGACAUUUUACAUCAUAGUUUCAUUUGUUGAUUUUUUUCCCCAAAUCUUAAGUUUUGGUUGGUAAUUAUAGUUUGUCAGUGUGAUAUUGGGGCAGACUGUAUACCACUGCCUUGUUUAGCACAGAAAGUGUGAGCAUUGCCUUUUCCUGCAUAUUCCAAUUUAGAUUAUUAUUCCUGCAAGCUUUGGGAUGUUCAUCAUCCUUCAUUGUAUUUCUUUGAUAUGCACAAGUUUUGCAUUGCUCUGGUUUUUCUACGCAAUGAAUAAAUGGGAGCUGUGAUUUUUAGUGCUACUUGAAAACAGUGUUAACAACCAUUCAUUUAAUGGCAGAAGUGUGUAAAAUACCUAGAUAAAAAGUUGAAAGGAAAUGGACUUAAAAAAAAGGAUUUUUUUUAUCAGCUUUGUGUUUGUUUUUUCAAAAAUCGGAAAGUUUUAUUUAAUGGACUGUUUUAUGUUUUGGAGUAAUUAGAGACAAUUUGUGUUCAAAUGUAAUUUUUUUUAUUCAACUAUGGCCAUUGCUGAAAUUUACUGCUAAGGACUUAAAAUGGUGAUUGAAGUUUGUCUAUUGCUGAAUUUCAUCGCCAAUGUAUUAAAAUCAUGAUCGAAAAGUUGUCAGUUUUAUGUGACCAGCCAUGUUUAUAAGUCGUUUUUCAAUUUGAAGAUAAUCUAUGAAUUAGUGAGGUAUAUUCUUCUAUACAUAUUUUUCUUCUUUUCUCCUAAAUGUAUUUCUAACUUGCUGUCAAGUUUUGCUCAAUACAAAAUGUUGUGCAGUUUAUUCAGUCCUUAAAUGAUUCUAGCUACAUUCUCAAAUAAUAAUUAUCUUAUCAGACUUACGAAUGUGAAUAUUAAACUAUGUAUAUAAGGUAAUCCAACAUGGACUUGUAAUAUAGUCCAACAUAAAUUAACAAGAAAAGAUUUAUACCUGAACAAGUCAUGAAAUCAAAUUACGUUAAUUAUAAUAUUAAUUAGAACUAAUAUGUGUAUUUUGUGAUUUCUUUGCUAUUGAGUUGAAAUGUUGUGUAUAUCGGUAAAUAUGCUUUAAGGAGUUUAAAACAGUGUGCCAUAUCUGAAACAACAAAAACUAUUUUUGAAAUGGCACCUAAAUUAGAAUUGAAGUAUUACUGCUUACAAACCGUUUUUUUUGAAUUCCCUAUUGAAUAUUUGAAUGCACAAUAUUUGUACAAGAGUUUUUCUAGUUACUUCUAGCCAAUAUAUAGUGGGCAGAGACAUAUAAAAGCUUUUUAUACAUGUAUCUGUAUAAUAUGGAUUUCAAUGUGUAUUAUAGCAUUGUAUUACCAAUAAAUUGUGAAAUAGGAA